AUGGCCCCAGCUCCAGCUCCAGCAUCAGCACCAAUUGAGGAAAACAUCGAUAAUGUUAUUCGUAAAUUGACAACCUUGAAGCCAUUAUCUUUUGGUAAGCGGGCUAACUCCAAGGUCAUUGAUGGCCCUCAGAAGGAGUGGAUUGACAAGAUUCCAAAGACAACUCGCGAUAGAUUGGAGAAGGCUGGUAUUGAUAUUUCGCAGGGUUACCCAGCAUUCCCCCCUGCAAAUGAGAUUCCACGUUUCUUGGAUGAGGCGUAUGCUAUCAGAAACAAGGAGUUUCCUUACGAGGAAAGAGCCUUGAAGGCCGACAAGGAGAAGAAAGCUCUCUUGGGUGCUGCGAAGGAAGUCCGUGACUUGACCAAGCACAUUGGUACUGAGAUUGUUGGAUUACAAUUGAAGGACUUGACCGAGCAACAGAAGGACGAAUUGGCUCUCUUGGUUGCCGAAAGAGUCGUCGUUUUCUUUAGAGAUCAGGAUCUCUCUCCUCAAGAACAAUUAUCUUUGGGCGAGUACUGGGGACAAAUUGAGAGACACCCUCAAGCUUCAUUCGUUCCAUUGCCUGAAAGAGAAGCUGAGGAGUUCGCUAAGGGAUCUGGUAUCUCUGUGAUCUGGCGUAGAUUCUUAAACAGCCACUUUGGUGUUGAUGACUCCUUCAAGAACAGGGGAAUCACCUCGCUGUGGCACACUGACUUGGUCCAUGAAAAGCAACCGGCAGGUCUUACUCACUUGCACUUGGACGCAAUUCCUCCUGUUGGAGGUGACACUGCCUGGUCAUCUGGAUAUGCCGCCUACGACAAGUUGUCACCUGCUCUCCAGAAGUUCUUGGACGGAAAGACUGCCAUUUACCGUUCUGCUCACGCUUACUUGGACAGAGAGAAUCCUCUCAAGGGACCAGUUUACGUGGAGAGAGAGCACCCAAUUGUGAGGACUCAUCCUGCUACUGGAUGGAAGUCGUUGUUUGUCAACCGUGCGAUGACAGUUCGUAUUGUGGGUUUGCAGGAGGGUGAAUCGAAGCUCAUUCUCGACUACUUGUUCGAUGUCUUUGAGAAGAACUUGGAUAUUCAAGUUCGUUGGACUUGGCAGCCAACCAAGGAAGGUUUGGGUACUUCUGCUAUCUGGGAUAACCGUGUCUCUCAGCACAACGCUAUUAACGAUUACGACUUCGUGGACGACUACAGACACGGAACUCGUGUCACUGCUUUGGCUGAGAUUCCUUUCUUCGACCCUGAAUCGAAGUCCCAGCGUGAGGCUUUGGGACUUUCUCUUGAUUAG